AUGGUUUCGAAUGUGUCGCUAAGGAACAUUAAAGCCGAUGUUGACUUCCCCAUAUUAACGCUGCUGCAUUCUUUCAUCCAUAAAAAAGAAAAAUAAUUACCAAGAUACCUGCUUAGUCCGUGCCAACACGGUACAGAACAUUUGCUGCACCAUGUCACCAUAUUCCGACGCGCUGUACCGCGUGGUUUACGCGUGGGCUCUCACUUUCGCGCCACAUGUGUUCAAAGUCACAUCUCUGGGCGCUGGUGGCUACAAGUGGGACAACAGACUGGGCCGUAACAAUAUGGGCCGUGACCUCAAGGUAGACGAUGCUGUUCUCGCGCGUGCAAAGCGUGCCGACGCUGCACACCAGAACGGGCACGAAUCUCUCUUGCUCUUUGCGCCCGCUGUAGUGGCUGCGAUUUCCGCUGGGGUUAGCGGCGAUGAAGUCGACAAGUUCACCAAGCUUUAUCUUUUGUUUAGGGCUAUUUAUGUCGUUGUGUACAUCGCCAACAGUAGCAACAAUCUGCUAGCAACCCUGCGGACCGGUGUAUGGGGUGGUAGCGUGUACUGCAGCAUUACGCUGCUGUUGCGGGCUGCUAAACUUCUAGCCGCCAAGAACCUAUAACGCGCCAUCUAUGCUUUUGCGCGCCUCUGUGUAAAUAUAACGCACCAAGGCAGAUAUGAAAAAAUCAUCGCUUGACGCAAAGAUCGC